AGGUUAUUCAUCUCUCUGGGUGGCGCAGUGGCCCAUCCUAUAUUCUCUGUUACUGAUCGACGCACACAGAGACCUUUUCAAACGGACGGAGAGCUCUUGGUAUUAACGUCCUCGCGGAUUAUUUUAUUUCGUUUCACUGGGAAAUACAGUCGAUUAUUUUUUAAAUCAUUUUUGGAUGUGCUGAUGAUCGAUAUUAUACAACCAAAAACAGUAAAUAUACGGAUAAUCUGUUUUUAUUCGGUGGAAUGGGUGAUUGGUGUACGACAGGGCGCAGAGGCGGGUGGCAAGUACUGUUUUACAUUCUUUGUCUGAGCGCCCUAGAUUCUGUAACUGGGCAGGCACGAUAUUCCAUACCAGAGGAGCAGUCAGAGGGGUCGAUCGUUGGAAACAUUGGUAGAGAUUUGGGUUUGGAGGUGAAGAGACUAGUGUCCGGUAAAGCUCGCAUUAUAACAAAAGGAGCGCGACAGUAUGUAGAUCUGAACCGAGACAAAGGGCUCCUCGUUGUUAAAGAGAGAAUCGACCGAGAGGAGCUCUGCGGACAGACUACGCCUUGUAGCUUCAGCUUUGAGCUUAUCAUAGAAAACCCCAUUCAGUUAUAUCGAGUUACAGUAGAGGUUCGUGACAUUAACGAUAACACCCCGUCCUUUCCAAAGGAUGAAAUCAAUUUGGAAAUCAGCGAAAAUGCCGUCUCCGGGGCGCGCUUUUCUCUGGAGAGCGCCGUUGACCCUGACGUUGGUGUUAACAGUAUACAGAAUUAUUCUCUAAGACCGAAAGAUAAUUUCAAAUUAGAGGUACACAGCCAAGCCGAUGGUGGUAAAUACAUUGAGAUGGUUUUGCAAACCCCCCUAGACAGAGAGGAACAGGAGACUCUGUCUCUGAUGCUUAUUGCUACUGACGGAGGCGAGCCUCAGAGGACUGGAACUGUCCGCAUCCAUAUUACCGUGCUGGAUGCCAAUGAUAAUGCGCCAGUAUGUGGUCAACCCGUUUAUAAAACAGACGUUAAGGAGAGCUCCCCAAAAGGGACUUUGAUAACCACCGUUAGCGCAGACGAUGCAGACCAAGGGGUGAAUGGAGAGGUCACUUUCUCCAUCGCUCAUGUUGCUAAAGAGGCGAAGGAGCUGUUUGAGCUUAAUGUGGAUACAGGGGAAAUCAAAUUGGUAGGAAACCUGGAUUUUGAAAAGACAAAAAACUAUCAAUUAAACGUGAAAGCGAGGGACCAAGGAGGGUUUACGGAUACUUGUAAGGUUGUCAUUCAAAUUAUUGAUGAGAACGAUAAUGUCCCCACAAUACAACUCAUGUCACAUUCUAACUCGAUUCCCGAGGACUCUCCCCCUGGUACCACUGUAGCUGUUAUUAAUGUUGAGGACGCAGACUCAGACGGCAACGGUGUCGUUCUUUGCUAUAUUAACGCAGAUAUUCCGUUCAAAAUAGAGUCAUCGUUAACCGAUUAUUAUACAAUAGUCACUGAUAGCACAUUGGAUAGAGAAACCGUGUCUGAGUACAACGUCACCAUUACAGUUUCAGAUGAAGGGACUCCGCCUCUCUCCAGCAAUAAGAGCAUAACUGUUAAAGUAUCAGAUGUGAAUGAUAACCCACCCAAGUUUGAUCAACCUGUAUAUAGUAAGUCUAUUCAGGAAAACAAUUCGCCAGGGUUUUCUAUAUUCUCAGUGAGAGCAAGUGAUGCUGACUGGGGUCAAAAUGCCCGCGUCUCCUACUUUCUCGAUGAUAAACAAGUUAACGGUGUGACUGCUUCCUCUGUUGUCUCAGUAAAUUUAGAAAAUGGCGCCAUCCAUGCUGUUAGGUCAUUCGAUUAUGAACAAAUCAAGUCGUUUCAAUUCAACGUCACUGCCCGUGAUGGAGGGUCUCCACCUCUCAGUUCAGUGGUCGCUGUUAGAAUAUUAGUCCAGGACCAGAACGACAACGCGCCUCAGGUUCUGUAUCCAGUCCAGACUAGCAGCUCUCUGGUGGCUGAAAUGGUGCCUCGUUCAGCAGAUGUGGGCUAUCUUGUCACUAAAGUGGUGGCUGUUGAUGUGGACUCUGGACAGAAUGCCUGGCUCUCGUAUAAACUGCAGAAAGCGACAGACAGGGCACUGUUUGAAGUGGGCUUACAGAAUGGAGAAAUAAGAACUAUACGCCAAGUCACUGAUAAAGAUGCUGUGAAACAAAGGCUCACUGUUGUAGUGGAGGACAACGGGCAGCCCUCUCGUUCAGCUACAGUCAAUGUUAACGUAGCGGUGGCGGACAGCUUCCCUGAAGUGCUCUCGGAGUUCACUGACUUUACGCACGACAAGGAGUACAAUGACAACCUGACUUUUUACUUAGUCUUGGCUUUGGCUGUAGUCUCAUUUCUGUUCAUCACAUGUUUAGUGGUUAUUAUAUCAGUGAAAAUAUACAGAUGGAGACAGUCUCGCGUUCUCUAUCAUUCCAAUCUCCCGGUUAUUCCGUAUUAUCCACCGCGUUACGCAGACACUUUGGGGACAGGAACUCUACAGCACGUGUACAAUUACGAGGUGUGCAGGACGACUGACUCCAGAAAGAGUGACUGUAAGUUCGUCAGACCCUGUAGUCAGAACGUACUGAUAAUGGACCCCAGUUGUACAGGGACGAUGCAGCGGAUGCAGAGUGAACAGAACAUCCUGGAUGAACCAGACUCUCCACUAGAGCACGACCUCAAUGUGGACAACGUCUGUUUUGUCUUGAUAGCGAGCAUAGGACUGUUCCGCUCACUACAGUGUGCCUCCUUUUAA